UCUCCCUCUUGCACUCUCAUUUUCUCCCUUUCUCUCACUGUCUAAAAUAAGUCUUCACAUUAAAACAAACAGACGAAGAGUUCUGGGAAGAGUGGAUUUACAGAAAUUUUCUUCCAUAUGUGAGAAGACACUUAGCCAUCAAUUUAAACACCGAUAACACACAGAACCCUGCCCAACCCACUUGUAUAAAUAACUUCUCCAAAAUCUUGGAAGAAGUUAUUUGAGAACUGAAGUUUAGUAAUGAAAGGCUGUUGUUGCAGUAUCUAUCAAUUGGUCAUAGGUCCUUAGGAUUCAUUUGAAUAUGUAUGAACACAUUUACAUCACAGUAACAGAUACCUAGCACAAUUAAAGACCAUGUCACGUAUAUAUCACUAAAAACAGGAAAGCUAACUAAUCCAUUGCUAUUGCUGGCAGAUGAGCAACUUGGGUUGGUAGAAAAAGGCCAUCCUUAUAGGUGCAGGGCACAUAAAUUAUCUCCAACUUCAAGCUCUCAUUUUGUCUUCUAAUCCAGAGAUUACAAAGACACAGGGGAACUACUGUCAGUGUAGAUAAUUCUGUGAGAAUUAGGAAAAGGCACCUCUUAACCUCCAUACCCUGCCCCUCUCCCACAUCUUGGAUAGGGUAUAACCAAAUAGAACCACAGUAAAGCCCACAUAGUACAAAAGUAAUUGUUCAUAUUUAAAAAUUGGGGAAUUUCACAAAAUAUUUAGAGUUUUGAUUUCCCCUGAAUAAUAAGCUGACAGUACUGGAGUUGAAUUCCCACAAGGUGACUAUUGGAUGGAACCUAAUAUAAAUGGUUUCCUUAUGUUACUAAUGUACAUGGUUAAAAAGAAGAAUUGUAAAAAUACCUUUUCCAACCCUUACCUCCCUAGUUCACAUCUCCAAAUGCAGUUGUAGUUAAUUCCUAUCUUAUAAUGUGGAUGUUUUGGUUUAGAAUCUGGAAACUUAUUUUUCAGAAACAGCUCAGAUGCAAUGUCCAAAUCAACAAAUUAGGAAUGUAGCAUUACAGCAUGAUUUAACCUUUCCACUUUAAUAUUUUGCUCCAAGAAAAGGGGGCCCUUUGUAUUCUUGUGUAUAUAGAUACAUAUACAGAGAUAGAUCUUUUUUAACUGUUUCCAAGUGGCUUCACAGUUACAAUCACUUUUUCCUUAAAGGAUAUUGAUAAAAGAGAGAUGACAUCUUCAUUUUAUGUUCGGAACAGCAUCCAGUGGACUUUCUAAAAAAUGCAACCUUACUGCUGGGGAAAACCAUUAUUUGAUUCUACUGUGAAGCAAGAACAAUUCAGUCUUCACGGCAAUUCAAACCUCAGCUCCAACACCUGCAUUCUGAAGCAAGGAUGGCUGAGAUGGACAGAAUGCUUCAUUCUGGAAGGAAACAAUAUUCCAGGUCAAGCUGAAUCUGCCAAACACAGACCCUCUCUGUGGUUUUAGAAGAAGUCUUGACAAAUCUUAUCAUGUGGUUUUUCUACGCCUUGAUUCCUUGUUUACUCGUAGAUGGAGUGGCCAUCCUGCCUGCCCCUCAGAACCUCUCUGUACACUCAACCAACAUGAAGCAUCUCUUGAUGUGGAGCCCAGUGGUUGUGCCUGGAGAAAUAAUACACUAUUUUGUCGAGUACCAGGGAGAGUAUGAGAGCCUGUACAUGAGUCACAUCUGGAUCCCCAGCAGCUGGGGCUCACCCACUGAAGAUCCUGAAUGUGACAUCACUGAUGACAUCACUGCUACUGUGCCAUACAACCUCCGUGUCAGGGCCAGCCUCGGCUCACAGACCUCAGCCUGGAGCACCCUGCAGCAUCCUUUUAACCGAAACUCAACCAUCCUCACACCACCUGUGAUGGAGGUCACCAAGGACGGCUUCCACCUGGUUAUUAAGCUGGAAGACCUGGGGCCCCAGUUUGAGUUCCUCGUGGCUUACUGGAGGAGGGAGCCUGGUGCCAAGGAACAUGUCAAAGUGGUGAGGAGCAGGGGCAUUCCAGUGCACCUGGAAACCAUGGAACCUGGAGUCCCAUACUGCGUGAAGGUCCGGACGUUGGUGAAGGCCAUUGGGAGGCACAGCCCUUUCAGCCAGGCGGAGUGUGUCAAGGUGCAAGGAGAGACCCUCCCCCUGGCACUGGCCCUGUUUGCAUUUGUUGGCUUCAUGCUCAUCCUUGUGGUGGUGCCCCUUUCCAUCUGGAAAAUGGGCCGGCUGCUCCAGUACUCCUGUUGUCCCGUGGUGGUGCUCCCCGACACCUUGAAAAUAACCAAUUCACCCCAGAAGUUAAUCAGCUGCAGAAGGGAAGAAGUGGAACCCUGUGCCAUAGCUGUGCUGUCUUCUGAGGAACCCUUCAGGGCCUGGCUUUAGCAGCCUUGGGGAGGGCCCAGCGGAAACUCAGACUCCGGUUGGCACAGCACAACAGCCAUGAGGGGAGAGACCAUGUAUCUAUUUUCCUCCAUGGACAGAGGACAAGAAAAGCAAGAGGAGCCUGGUGUGUCCAUGUCUAGAGGCAACUGUCUGAAGCAGACUGGUUUGGCAGACAAAGCAAGAAGUGGGGGUCAGGAGAUGUGACCUCUAGAACUGUCUGCCAUUCACUGACUGAAUGACCCUAGAGAAAGUGGCUUGGUUUCUCUGGUCCUCAGUUUUCUCACCUAGAAAGGGAGAAUUAAACAUAAAACCAUCAAUCCACUGUAUCUCUCUGGCCCUUGCAGAGAUUUGGGAAAUUGGCAGCGCUGUACAUUGGGAUUGGUUCAACUUUUCGGCAGAACAGUAUAUAAAUUGCAACAAGAAUGAUAAAAACUCUUUACACCAGUUGGCUUGGAGAGCCACUUUCCUAAAGGAAAACUUGAUGGGGAAAGGAAGGAUGAGUACAACAGUGUUGACUUCACUUCAAACCACAUGUCUGUGCAGAGGUCAAUGGCUCAGCCAGCGCUACAACACAUGACCUAGAAAGAGGUCACAGGCCCAUGGAAAAUGGGCAGUGCUGUGCAUACAAGAGAUAUUGUAAAGGGUAAAUAACACACGCACACUGAGGGCAGCAGGUAGAAGGUAUGUGUAUGAGGAGAGGAGAAUGCCGAAGGAUGUUGAUAAUAAACGUGGUGUUUGCUGUGUUCCUUUUACCUGUAGAGUUGUUAAAGUAUAGAAUUAAAAAUAAAAAGGGGUCACCUUCGGUAAUCCUUUUGGUUUCUUCCAAAAAAGCGGUCUUUGGGGUUCUAGUUACAUCAUCAACCUUGUGUCCAGGGAGGCUCCUGAAGGCCACCAUUGGCCAGGAGUUGUGGAGGUGACCCCAGGUAGGGGAUGUGGCCGGAAAGGAGAAUCCUGACUGGUGCAGCUGGCCAAAGCCUCACCUGGUCAGGGUGCUCCACAGGAAGUCCCUUGGGGGUACUUCUCCUCCCUAAGACAGCUCACUCAGGGUGUCCUCAGUGCCUUCUAGCAUGCUCAUCCGGGACCCACUUUUGGAAGCCUCUUCCUGCCCCUCUCCCAACCAGGUGAGGAAGAGUCAGGGCUAGGGAAGGAAUGGAGAGGUAAGUCUCUUGAGAAGUGAAGGGAUUAAUGGGCAAGGCCUGUGCGUUCCUUCUUAACCCCCAGCUUUGGAGCCUCUGAGUUGGUUUGUCUCCACACCAACUUCCAGGACCCCUUCCAGCCAGCCCAGAGGUGGGGACAAUGUAACUACUUCAACCAGGUGUUUCUCCUACAAAAGAGAGGCCUACAACCCCCGCUCUCUACCCUAGUGGGGUCUCAAGGAGCCAGAGGGUGCGCUCUCCAGGAGGAUGAUACUGUCGAAGAUCUUGCCUUUGUACAAUUUGUAUGCUUCCGUGUUGUUGGAUUUCUUCAUGAAAAGUAUGUGUUAAUUUUACAUUUAGCCUAAACUGGACAUAUUUUCAAUGUGCAAAAAUAAAGGCUAUACUACUGUACCGGCCAUCACUUUCCCUUGUCCCACUUCUUGCUCCUCCCCCCUGGGGCUGUUGUCCCUCUGUCACCUAUCCAGGACUAGAACCCAGAAAUCACCCUUGAUUUCCCCCUGCCUGAAUCCCUCUCACAAUUUGUCCCAGUGCUCAUCCAUUUCUCCUAGCAUAUAUAUGUAUAUAAAAAAUUAUCUCAAUUAUUCUGUUGUCAUCCCAGUUCCCAAACAAGCAUUUACUGGGGUCCAACCAUGCAAAGACAUUGAGCUAGUUCCUCAUAGAGGGGGCUCCCUCCUCUGUAGCUGGUUAUUCCCUCCUGGAGUGCUUAUAUCCUGACUCCACAGGCCUCCUCUCUUUUUGCCCCCAUCACCUGGCUCUUUAAAUUAUGACACUUUAAGGAGUGAAAAGGGGCACAGUCAAUAACUACAACAGAACAGGAAGAACACGCAUCUUUGCACUCAGUGCCCAUAGAGAGCCCCUGCCCCCAGAACCAAGCCCACCUCUCAGCCCUGUCCUCAGGGAAAGCUG